AUGGAGAGAUCCCGCCGCCUGCUGCUGGUGGCGGGCCUGCUGGCGGCGCUGCUGCCGGCGGCGGCGGCCGCCUUCGGGCCGCAGCCGGGGGCGCCGUGCGAGCCCACGCUGCUGGCGACGCAGGUGGCGCUCUUCUGCGCGCCCGACAUGCCCACGGCCCAGUGCUGCGAGCCCGUCGUCGCCGCCGUCGACCUCGGCGGCGGGGUCCCCUGCCUCUGCCGCGUCGCCGCGGAGCCGCAGCUCGUCAUGGCGGGCCUCAACGCCACCCACCUCCUCACGCUCUACGGCUCCUGCGGCGGCCUCCGCCCCGGCGGCGCCCACCUCACCGCCGCCUGCGAAGGACCCGCUCGCCCGCCCACCAUCGUCAGCAGCCCAGCAUCCCCGCCACAGUCGCCUCCUCCUCGCCGCAUGCAGCCACGUAAUCUCAUUGCCGAUCCAUGUAAUCUCUUCUUGCUCGCCAGACCGCUAGUGCGCACAUGCGCUAUAGUUGAUAGGAAUCCGCCGAAAGGGUGCUGCGUGAAUGUAGUUAAAAUCGUGGAGCGGGAUUGUCUGUGCUGA